AUGGCGAUCGCACCCUUGCUGCGCAUGUUGCGGCAUCAGUGUCGGCUGGUACCGGCCCUCAGCGCAGUUCUUCUGUGCAGCGCAGGCCACUGGCUGUGGACUUUCCUGUCACCUUCAGCAGGUUCGCGUUCACCUGGCGACCGAUGGGAGCGGCCAGUUCCGAUAGGUCAUCGCAUUCAGACCACGGGAUGCACGCUGCCCCGGUUCGACCCAUUCGACCCAACCGUCAUGCCUUUCGUCCGGCGUCGCUCCGAGCGCUUCAAGUGCCCCGGAAAGCCCAACUUCCUCACCAUCAGGAAUGGUCUCCCAGUGAUACUUCCGCGGAACUUGGAGGCGCACGGUGUGCUUCCUGAGGACCUGGACUGCUUCUACAAGGAAAUUUAUCGAAACGAAUCUUUAGCGGUUCCAGACAGACAUUAUGUGUAUGGACGUCGGACGAGAUUGUUGUUCGACAGGGCGCUGAGAGAGGAGAUUGUAUUCGUAGAGUGUGUCACAAAGAAGUCCCCGGAGAGGCCGUUUUACAGCCAGUUUCUUCUGAACCCGCUCCUGCGAAAUGACGUGGAGAAGCGGUGCCGACGUGCGCACACAGGGACGCCCCACAACCUCAGCGUGCUAUUGCUUGGUCUCGACUCGGUGUCGCACCUGAACCUCGACAGGCACCUUCCGGAGACUGCCAAGUUCGUGCGGAAGAAACUCGGCGCUUUCGAACUUCAUGGAUAUAACAAAGUUGGGGAGAACAGCUACCCGAACCACAUGGCACUCCUCGCAGGUCUCAAAGACUUCGAAGCGGACAAAGCGGCUCUGGCUGGAUUCUACGACAACCUCAAUCCCUCGUUGAUCUGGCGUAAAUAUGCUGCGCGGGGUUACAGGACCAUGUUUCUCGAGGAGUGGACGCAGUAUUCUCUCUUUAGCAGCUUCCAAAGUAAAGGUUUUCGGCACGCGCCGACUGACUAUUAUCCGCGACACGCAAUCAUGCUAAUGGAGGAGCUAGCCAAGAACACCGAAGAACUGCGAGUAAGAUGCUUGGGACCCACUAUGCCGUCCGAAGUGCUGCUAGGCUACCUUGCCACCUUCGUGAACGUCAUGUCGGAGCGACCUUUCUUCGCCUAUGCCUGGUUCAUCGAACUAACGCACGAAUGGCUCAACAACGCAGCGUAUGCGGACGAACCUUUCCGGCGCCUGCUCGAAGAUCUGCAGGCUUCCGGCGCGCUCAACCACACGGUUCUCGUGUUCCUCAGCGACCACGGAUUGCGCUUCGGCGACGUGCGCACCACGUACAUCGGAAGGCUCGAAGACAUCCAGCCGUUCGCCUUCCUCGUCUUUCCGCCGUGGUUCCUAGAGAAGAACCCCGAGGCUGCUCGGAAUCUUCGUGUCAACCAGCGCCGCCUGACGACGCCCUUCGACGUCCAUGCGACGCUCUUCGAGCUGCUCGACUAUCCCGUCCGCAAGCGACCGCGUACUGCGUACGGACUGAGCUUGUUGAACGAGAUUCCGGCCGAGAGGACGUGCAGCGAUGCGUCCAUUAAGCACAAGUGGUGCGCGUGCAGCGUCCGGGGCGAUGCAGCCGUGUCCGGUGCGCUGGCCAGGACUCUGGCUGAUCGGAUUGUUUCUGACGUCAACGAGAAGUUAGCGCGGUCAACGCGAAAGUGUGCCGAGUACCAACUGCUCCGAGUGAUUGACGUUACGUUGCUGCAGGCAACACCGACCGAGCUCGCAAUGAACACGAGUCAUUACUUGGUCGACGUCAAACUGUCGCCUGGCAAUAUCGCCAUUGAGGCCACUGUACGAGUUAGCGCGGACAACGUGAUUAAGGUGAACGAUAUUAGUCGCUGCGACAGGUUCAAGGCACAGACAUACUGCACGUAUGGACGCCCGCUUGAGAAAUAUUGCUACUGCCGCCGUACUUUCGGUGGUCAGGUUUGAUUUCGAUCCUGCUUACGUCGCCCGUUUGCUAUUUACAGGUCAUAGAUAAAGCUAAAGAGACGAACAAUUUGUAUGUUUAGAGCAAGUAACUGUGAAGUUGAACAGUUACAUUGUUUAAUUAGAGCGAUGAAUUCGUGUCCAGCUUGCCGGAGUACUGAGAAAUGCGACAAUUCGGCACCAUUGGAUAGCAGGUUUUGGUUCCUAUUGCACAACCUGAGUGCUUAUUGCGUACCUUGAUGCAAAACUUGCGUAUGUUGAAAAUAUACAGCCGAAUUCUGCUACAGUGAACGCCUAUACAGCGAAAUAAACUGUAUUAUGAUAAGAAGUCUUUCCCGAUUCUAUAAUGAGCGGUGCGAUGGGCUACCUUUACAACGACGUCACCUGUAUAACAAAUAAUUUUGGAGGCCCCAAACACUUCAUUAUAAAGGCGUUCAAUUUUAUGUGGAAAUGAAAGCUGCCGCUCUAUAUUUUUAAAGUUUGCUACAAGUUUUUCUCUCUUUUGGUUUGCAGCACCAAAAUCAACG